GCAUUCUCCCCUCUUUCAGCGGGGCCCGCUCAGCUGCUGAGUGUGCAAGGCUCAUGGGCCGGCCACUAUAAAACAAGGGCCGCGUUCCCAGCACUGACAUAAUUAUACUGGAUCUGUCCCUCCUCAGUACUGUCUAACGCAUCCCUCGUAAGAGCCAACCAACCAAUAGCCAACAUGAACACUCAGCAGAUGGAGCAGAUGGGUCAGUUCAAGAUCACCGUGUGGGAGGAGGAGAACUUCCAGGGCAAGCGCUGCGAGUUCAUGCUGGAGUGCCAGAACAUCAUGGAGAGGGGAUUCAACAAGAUCCGCUCCAUGAAGGUCGAGAACGGACCCUGGGUGGGCUAUGAGUACCCUGAGUUCCAGGGCCAGCAGUUCAUCCUGGAGAAGGGAGACUACCCCCGCUACGAGGCCUGGAGCGGAAACAGCGGCUACAGGACCGAGCAUCUGCUCUCUUUCAGGCCCAUCAAGUCCGCUAACCACAGUGACAGCAAGGUCACCCUGUACGAGUCCGAGGACUUCCAGGGUCGCAAGUUUGAGAUGUGCGAUGACUACCCUUCCCUGCAGGCCAUGGGCUGGUGCAGCAAGGAGGUGGCCUCCAUUAAGGUCAACUCUGGAGCCUGGGUGGCCUACCAGUUCCCCGGUUACCGUGGAUACCAGUACAUCAUGGAGAGGGACAGGCACCAGGGCGAGUACAGGCACUACAAUGAGUACAGCACCCAGGCUCACACCAACCAGGUGCAGUCCAUCCGCAGGAUCCAGCACUAAAGCCCUUCGACUCCACCCAGCCCGACACCACUCCCCACCCCUCCACCUCCGGGCCCGGCGCCCACCCCAGGCCCACCGGCACACUGAAGAGCGGGCGGCCUGGCUAUCCUUCUCUCUAUUGCAUAUUGUAUUGAUCUUACCUUCUGCUGCUAGCUUGCGCUCGCAUUCAUGGCAAUAAAGGCUUUUCUUCAAAAUGGAGACUGAAACAUG